UUAACCCAACGAAAAGACAAGGCCUCGUGCUCUCUAAUGCAAACCCGCCGGCUUCCCGAUCUCUCGUCUCUUAAGAGGAGGAGCUCCGCGGAGGAGGCGGGUGAAGAUUGAUUUCGCGGACUGCGUCCAAGGUCAGCUUUGAACGCGCCUCCGUCCAGAUCCAGGCUUCCUUCCACCGGAGCUGCACCUCUCGCCGGUGUCGUCAUCGGCCUCCGUUCGAACUUGGGUUGGCUUCUUCUUGUCGGGGAGUGGAGUGUGUCCGUUCUGUUCUGUUCUGUUCUGUUCUGCAGAAUCUGUUCAUUGCCAAUUUGUAUAAUUUCUUAAGCCCCGCCCCUGCGUGUAGUUAUAAUGGCUCUGUAAUGCUUGAAUUCUGAUCAAACAGGGUCUAAUUUCGCAUCGCUCUGUGUUUCUGCCAGUGAGACAAUGGGGACGAGGAGUCUCGGAUUGGGGGUGUUCUUGGCCCUGUGUCUCAUGCCUUUCUUGCGCAAUGCUGCGGCUAUCCGCUUCGUGAUCGAUAGGGAGGAGUGCUUCUCCCAUAACGUUGAUUACGAAGGGGAUACGGUUCAUGUAUCCUUUGUUGUCAUCAAGGCGGACACCCCGUGGCAUUACACCGAGGAUGGCGUGGAUCUUGUGGUUAAAGAUCCUAAAGGCGAUCAAAUCCAUGAUUCUCGUGACAAAAUUAGUGAUAAAUUCGAAUUCAUAGUUCAAAAGAGAGGUGUCCACCGCUUCUGCUUCACUAAUAAGUCACCAUAUCAUGAAACUGUGGACUUCGAUGUGCAUGUUGGACAUUUUUCAUAUUUCGACCAGCAUGCCAAAGAUGAGCAUUUUGGCCCUUUGUUCGAACAAAUUGCAAAGUUGGAUGAAGCCCUCUACAACAUUCAGUUCGAACAGCACUGGUUAGAGGCCCAAACAGACCGCCAAGCAAUACUAAAUGAAAGCAUGAGCAGGAGGGCAGUUCACAAGGCACUCUUUGAAUCAGCUGCCCUUGUUGCAGCCAGUGUUGUGCAGGUUUACCUAUUGCGCCGCCUCUUUGAGCGUAAGUUGGGGACUUCUAGGGUCUAAUUCUGUGACAGUAGAUCACCUCAUGCUCAUCAGCCCAACAGGAUUUCUAUACUGCAUUGUAUUGUUGCUUCGGUACAUCUUGUUUGAGUGUUCAUGAAUUUUUGUUCCAGAAUUUUGUAAUUCAGUUGACACAGCGCUGUGCAGCAUUAAUUUGCCUUGUACAAUUUUUUUCCACCAGUUUCAAACCAACUUUUAUCUCUA